AUGGAGUGCCAUCGUACUGUUAGUUUGGUCGAGGUCGUGGUCGUGCUGCUGCUCCUGUGGCCGGCGUUGAGCUCUGCCUGGGCACCGGUGUCGAGGACCAUCACCGUGGACAGUAAAGGGCGAGGGGAUUUCAGGAGCAUUCAGUCGGCGGUGAACCUCGUCCCGGACGGCAACCGCGAGUGGGUCAGGAUCCACGUCCGGGCAGGGCGGUACAGGGAGAAGGUGACCAUCCCAAAGGAGAAAGGCUACAUCUUGCUCGAAGGGGAGGGCCACUCGAGCACGGAGAUCUACUUCGACGACCAUGCCCACGGCAGCACCGACCGCCUGAUGCGCCGCGGCGCCGACGCGAUGCAGACGUACGAAACGGCCACCUUUAGUGUCCACGCCAACGACUUCGUUGCCCGGGACAUCGCCUUCACCAACACGCACAACAGCGUCAACAAGAGUCGCGUCACCCAAGCGCUCGCGGCGCUGGUCGACGGUGAACGGAUCGCCUUCCACCGUUGUGCCUUCAGCGGCUUCGAGGACACGCUCUGCGACAACACCGGCCGGCACUACUUCCGUGAAUGCGUCAUCAAGGGCGGCGUCGACUUCAUCUUCGGCUACGCCCGGUCCAUCUACGACGGCUGCACCCUCGUGUCCAACAUACCCCGUCGGUACGGCCGCGGCCGUGCCGGGUGGGUGACGGCGCACGCCGGGCAACACGCCGGCGACCCCGGAGGUUUUGUGUUCAAGGGCGGGGAGCUCCGAGGCACCGGGCGCCAGUAUCUCGGACGCGCGUGGAACAAGUACGCCACCGUCGUCUACUACCACGUGAACAUGUCCAGCGUCGUCGUCCCGCGGGGUUGGGCUCCGUGGCACGCCGGCAACGAGACUAACGACGUCCUGUUUGCUGAGGUUGGGUGCACGGGGCCGGGGUCAGACAUGGCUAGGAGAGUGCCGUGGGCGAAGCAUCUGACGGAGGCGGAGGUGGAGAAGUUCGUGGACAUGAGCUUCAUCGACGACGGUUGGCUAAGCAAGCAGCCAUAG